CGCUGCAGCGAGGCGAGAGCGCACGGCGCAGUGAGAGAAGAGAAAAGACGCAGAGCUGCCGUUGUUAACAUGAUGCGGGCGCAGAAGAGCGCACACCUCCAAGAGCAGCAGCAGCAGCAGCAGCAGCAGAACCCGGGAUCAACUUCAACUUUUGUUUUGACAUAAGCGGAUGUGUGCUUCCACUGAAGGAGACGAGAGCCUCGCGCGUAAAACGCGCAGCGCGCUUCAUGGAGAUGUGUAGAUGACAGGAGGUUUGCUCUCAGCAUCUACAGGGUUUUUCCAGUGUGGAACAUGGCGAGAGGGAGGAUGAGAGGAGCUCAUCUCCUCGCUGUACUCUUUUCUUUAUCGACGGCACUUUUCAGGGACGCGAAUGGACAAGGAACCUUUAAUGGCUUCAGUUUGAGUCCUCCGUAUUUUAACCUCGCAGUGGGCUCCAGGAUCUCUGCCACAGCAACCUGCGGCCAGGAUGAGGCUGGGACACCGAGAUAUGAUUUGUACUGUAAGCUCGUCGGAGGACCAAACAUCGGACUUCCUACUCAAAACAUACAGGGUCAGUUCUGUGAUCAAUGCUACUCCAUUGACCCAAACAAGGCCCACCCGGUGACCAACGCCAUUGACGGCACAGAGCGGUGGUGGCAGAGCCCUCCUCUCUCCAGAGGGCCGGGGUACGGCGAAGUGAACGUUACCCUGGACCUGGGGCAGCUCUUCCAUGUGGCCUACGUCCUCAUCAAGUUUGCUAAUUCACCUCGUCCUGACCUGUGGGUGCUGGAGCACUCUGUGGACAAUGGCAGGACCUUCACCCCCUGGCAAUAUUUUGCACAUUCCAAGCACGAGUGUUUUGAAAAGUUCGGAAAGCAUCCCAAUUCUCGUAUUUUAAGCGACGAUGACCAGAUCUGCACCACAGAGUACUCACGCAUCUUGCCUUUGGAGAAUGGAGAGAUUGUGGUGUCUCUGGUCAACGGUCGACCGGGGUCCAAAAACUUCACCUACUCACCAGUGCUGCGAGAUUUCACAAAGGCCACCAACAUCCGCCUACGCUUCCUCCGUACCAGCACCUUGCUGGGCCACCUCAUCUCCAAGGCCCAGAGAGACCCCACUGUAACACGCAGGUACUAUUACAGUAUCAAAGACAUCAGCAUAGGUGGACGCUGCGUGUGUCAUGGGCAUGCACAGGUGUGCGGAGGGGGGCGUAACCCAGACAAGCCAAACAGACGCCAGUGCGAGUGCCUGCACAACACCUGCGGUGAGUCAUGUGACCGCUGCUGCCCGGGUUUUAACCAGAAGCCGUGGCGUGCCGCAACUGUCAGCAGUCCGAAUGAGUGCCAGCCCUGCCAGUGUUUCUCCCAUGCCUUUGACUGUUAUUAUGACCCAGAGGUGGAAAAGAGGGGAGCAAGUUUAGACACCUUCGGCAGGUACGACGGAGGAGGAGUGUGCAUCGGCUGCCAGCACAACACUGCUGGAGUGAACUGUGAGCGAUGCAUCGAAGGCUUCUACAGACCUUAUGGAGUACCUGCCGAGUCUCCCAGUGGAUGCAUACCCUGCAGGUGCGAUGAGCGGACGACAGCCGGCUGUGAAAUGGGGUCUGGAAGGUGUAUCUGCAAACCAGAGUUUGCUGGAGAAAACUGUGACCGCUGUGCUGAUGGAUAUUAUUACUACCCUCAAUGCAUUCGAUAUCCCUUAUAUGCAACGACCACUGAAUCCUCUGCAGGACCCAUUGUGGUGCCCUCCGUCUGCCCACCAGGUUAUUUUGGCUCACCCGUCUGCCAGUAUUGUGUAUGUGACUACAGAGGGACGGUGUCUCGGGUGUGUGACACCGCUGGAAACUGCUUGUGCCGCCGUGGUGUGGAGGGGGAGCGAUGCGAUCGCUGUCAGCCUGGAUACCACUCGUUCCCAAACUGCGACGCGUGUCGUUGUGAUGGGGCUGGUGUGGCCGACAGUUUCUGCAGUCCAGGUGGUCAGUGUGUCUGCCUGCCCAACUAUGGUGGACAGGAGUGUGAUGAAUGCGCACCAGGCUACUAUGGCUACCCGGACUGUGCCGCUUGCAGAUGUUCGCAUGAAGGCUCGCAUGGAAGCGUAUGCAACCCUUUGUCGGGUCAGUGUUUGUGUCUGGCGGGUGUGGUGGGUCAGCUGUGCGACCGCUGUGCCUCUGGACAGAGGUUCCCCCAGUGUGCAGCCUCCAUUAGUCAGUGUAAUGUUGCAGGAACUGAGGUUGCCAAUCCUUACACGGGAUCGUGUCAGUGCCUUCCGAAUGUGGAGGGAACCCUGUGCAGCAGGUGUAAGCCUCUCUACUGGAAUCUGGCGCCAGACAAUCCUCGCGGCUGUACAGAGUGCCAGUGUGAUUUUAAAGGGACGCUGAGUGGCGUUGGAGAGUGCGAACAGAAAAGUGGACGGUGUCUCUGCAAGCCUAACGCGUGUGGACACUCGUGUGACUCGUGCAAGGAUGGACACUUCCUGCUGCAGAAAAAGAAUUAUUUCGGCUGUCAGGGUUGUCAGUGUGAUGUCGGCGGUGCCGUCGACAUGGCGUGUGAUGAGAACACAGGACAGUGUCGAUGUCUCAAGAAUAUAGUUGGCCGUACAUGCACCGAGCCAGCACCAAACUACUACUUUCCUACUUUGCAUCAAUUGAAGUUUGAGAUUGAGGAUGGCACCACGCCAAACUCCAGACCUGUACGCUUCGGUUAUAACCCUCAAGAGUUUCCAGAUUUCAGCUGGCGAGGUUAUGCUGUCAUGUCGCCCGCUCAGCCAGAGGUGAUCCUAACUCUUACCCUUGGCUUUCCCGGCCCUUUCCAUAUUGUAAUGCACUACGCCACCCCCAAACAAAAGGGGCGAAAACGCGUGAGAGCAAGGAUCUUGGUGGUGGACGAAGCCGACUUUCAGUCUUGCUGUGACUGGUCGGCGCAGAGUAUGGAAGUAAUAUUCCCUGAGAGUCGCUCCCCAUCCUUCCUCACUGUCCCAGGAGAGGGCUUUGCUGAGCCGUUUGCUUUAACUCCUGGGAAAUGGAUAAUUCACAUAAAGGCAGAGGGCGUACUGCUGGACUAUUUAGUGCUGCUGCCCAGGGAUUAUUAUGAGGCACCUCUGCUGCAGGCGAAGGUCACCCAGCCCUGCACUUAUCUACCCACUGCAAACAGGAGCACAAACUGUCUAUUGUAUAAGCAUGUGGCCAUGGAUGGUUUUAGCUCCGCACUGGGCUCACAGGGAAGACUCUCCAGCCGCAGCGGGCGCAGGAGGAGGCAGGCGCGAGUGCGGCGUCCCACCCCAGAUCACCCCGAGAUGGCUGCUCUCAAUGGCAGACAGUCUCAGCUCCAGCUCAGUUUGCGUGUGCCUCACUCUGGCCCUUAUGCCCUUGUCCUGGAGUAUGCCAGUGAGGUGGACGCUGUCCAGAAUGUCAACAUACUAACUAGUGGACAGCAAGAUGGCCAGAUACCAGCCAGGGCUAAUAUUUACAGUUGUGCCUACAGUUUUUUGUGCCGGAGCGUGGCAGUGGACAGCAGCAACCGUGUGGCAGUGUUACAGCUCACACACAGGACUGAGCUUCUCCUGCAGAUUUCCACCACGUCCUUCCUGCUGUACAAAGUGUACGCUGUGCCCAUCGAAGAGUUCUCCAUCGUUUACGUGGAGCCCGAGGUGCUUUGCGUCUCCACUCACGGCCUCUUCACAGAAGACAGUCGUCAUUGCGUCCUAACGCAGUUUGAUAAACCAACAUCAGCCUGGACUUUGUCCGCUGCCCAUGACGGACUAUUAUCAUCCACACCGGUCGUUGCUCCUCAGCAGGAAGACGACGAGGAAUCAAGAUGGAGACGACAGUCUGGCGUUUUUCCUGUUCAUGAGCCACACAGAGUUGGGAUACUUCUCAAAUCCCCUCAGUCAGAGAUCAGUUUCACUCCCAGGCUGCCCCUUCCGGGCAGGUAUGUCGUUGUGGUCCAUUAUCACCAGCCUGAGCACACAACCUUCCCCGUGGAGGUCAGAGUGGAUGCAGGGCGCGAGUGGAAGGGUUCAAUAAAUGCAUCUUUCUGCCCUGCAGUCUCAGGCUGCAGGGAGGUUGUCAUCGCUGAUGGACGCAUUGCCCUUGACUUGGAGCAUAAUUCUUGGCGGCUGCCAGUCAUCUCUGUCAUCGUGCCUCCUAUGAAGACCCUCACGCUGGAUUAUAUCUUGUUGGUUCCUGAUAACAGUUACACCCCAGAGCUCCUGAAAGAGAAGCCGCUGGAUAAUUCUGCAGAUUUCAUACAGCGAUGCAGAGGAGAAGGAUUCUAUAUUGACCAGAGAACGUCUUCCCAGUUCUGCAGGGACUCGGCCCGCUCUCUUGUAGCUGCCUAUAAUGAGGGAGCUCUGGACUGUAACUGCGAUAAGUCCGGCUCGACGGGGUCCACUUGUGAUCCCACUGGAGGACAGUGUCCCUGCAGGCAGCACAUCAUCGGUCGACAGUGCACCAAGUGUGCCACUGGAUACUAUGGCUUCCCCUACUGCAGACCGUGUGAGUGCGGCCGGCGGCUGUGUGACGAGGUGACGGGACGCUGUAUCUGUCCUCCUCAGACGGUCAGACCGGCCUGCGAUGUCUGCCAGAAUCAGACGUUCAAUUACCAUCCUUUGCUGGGCUGCGAGGACUGCGAGUGUUCGCCAAAUGGUAUCAAAGUCAGCGCGGGGCCAGAGUGUGAACGCGUCACUGGACAGUGCAAUUGCAAGCCGAGGAUUGCUGGCCGUAAGUGUGACCGCUGUGCUGCAGGCUACUAUCGCUUUCCUGACUGCAUACCUUGUAACUGUAAUCAAGGUGGCGUCACACCUGCUGUGUGCCACCCAGACACAGGGAGGUGUCUCUGCAAGAGACAUGUAGCCGGUGUCAGGUGUGCUACGUGUCGGGAUGGUUCCUUCUAUUUUGACCUUUCCAACCCUCAUGGCUGCACCAGCUGCUUCUGCUUCGGAGCCACUGACCGGUGUCAGAGCUCCAGCAAACGCAGGGGGAAGUUCGUUGACAUGCGAGGCUGGCGUUUGGAAAGACCCGACCGAGACGAGGUUCCCUCUGUGCUGAACACGGCCAGUAACACAGUGGUGGCAGACAUUCAGGAGCUUCCUCCUGCAGUUCAAACUCUACACUGGGUGGCUCCACAGACCUACCUGGGAGACAGAGUCACAUCUUAUGGUGGUUUCCUGACAUACCAGUCCAAAUCCUUUGGGAUUCCUAGUGAGGGCAUGACUCUGAUGGACAGACGACCUGACGUCAUGCUGACAGGCCAGAACAUGACCCUGAUCCACCUGGCAGCACAAGUCCCGCUUCCAGACAGGCUGUAUCAGGGCAGAGUGCAUUUGGUGGAGGGAAAUUGGCGCCAUGCUCUGACCAACAGACCCGUGUCUCGGGAGGAACUCAUGAUGGUGCUAGCUGGUCUGGUGGGCCUGAGGAUCCGAGGCUUGUACUUCACUCAGAGCCAGCGGCUAAGUCUGGGGGAGGUGGGCUUGGAGGAGGCAACUAACACUGGGACUGGGAGUUCUGGAAACACUGUAGAGUAUUGUUCCUGCCCCCCUCAGUACACUGGAGAUUCCUGUGAGAAAUGUGCCCCUGGUUUCUACAGAGAUGGCAGUGGGCCUUACCUGGGCCGCUGUGUGCCCUGCGAGUGCAAUGGUCUGGCAGACGAAUGUGAAGAGGGGACAGGACGGUGCCUAAACUGUCAGUACAACACAGCUGGGGACCGAUGUGAACACUGCAAAGAAGGUUACUAUGGAGACGCUACUCACAGGACAUGCAAAGUGUGUCCAUGCCCGUUCAGCGUGCCCACAAACAGUUUUGCAGUAGGUUGCAGAGAGGUGUUUGGAGACAUGCAGUGUAUAUGCAGACGAGGAUACACUGGAGAUAAAUGUGAGAGAUGUGCAUCCGGUUACUAUGGUGAUCCCCUGACACUAGGAGGAAGUUGUCAACCCUGUAAUUGCAACGGCAACUGUGAUCCCCAAACUGGAGUGUGCAAGAGCACCCUGGAGCCAGGAGACACCAACACAGAUGAGCACUGCAAAGAGUGUGACAGCUGUGCGCAGACGUUGCUGCAGGAUCUGGAGAAGUUGGACGACGAGCUGGGAAGGAUCAAAGCUCUGCUGGACAAUGCCACUGCCAGUGCCUCCUCUCAGGACAGACUGAAGAAGCUGGAGAAGGCCAUUUCAGACACCAAGACUCUUGUCAACAAAUUCAGCUCUGCCAUCAACACACAAAGACCCAGAGUUAAGCAACUGGAGGUGGACACGAGCAGUCUCGUGGACGACAUCAGCGCCCUCGAAGAAAAGGCAGAUAAAAGGGCUGCUGAAACCGACAAAGCACUGGCAGAAGUUGCAAAAACACACAAGAGGGCCAAGGAUCUGGACGCAGAAAUUAGAAACUUGCUCAAAAAAAUCCAAGCUCUGCUUGACCAACUGAACACCGGCGAUGAGAAGGUGCCCAAUGAAAGCCUGGCUAAACUGUUAGACGAGGCUCAGCGCAUGGUGAAGGAGAUGGAGGACAGGAACUUCAUCCCCCAGAAGACAGCGGCUGAGAAGGAAAGGAAUGAAGCCGAGAAAUUGCUUGACCACAUCAAGGCUAAUGUCACGAAGCAAAGUGAGCAGAACAAGGCUGUUGCAGACAAACUGCGGGGCCUUUUGACAGGUUACGAGGCCAAGCUGAAAGACCUGGACAAGGCUCUGAAGGAGGCAAACGACUUGGUCAAGAAAGCCAAUGCUGAGAAUGGACUCAGUGCGACGGCAAUGGGAGAGCUGCAGAAACGUGUUGAAAACUUAAAAAAGGAGAGGAAGACGGUUGAGGACCAAAUGGCCAUGGCAGAGGACGAGCUCCAGAAAACGGAGGAUUUGGUGACAUCGCUCACCGACAGUAAAAGGGAGUACGAACAACUGGCAGCACAGCUGGAUGGUGCCAAGACGGAUUUGACCAAGAAGGUGAAUGAGAUUUCCAAAGCAGCAGCCAAGGAGGAUGUGGUGAAGGCUGCAGAGGAUCAUGCAAAUAACCUGAAAAAGCUGGCAAAGGAUCUUGAGGAUUCAGUGAAAGAUGCAAGUGGGCGCUCUGAGGUGCGUGACGCCAAAGAUGCUAUCGAUGCUUACAAGAACAUCACAGACGCCAUUAACGCUGCCGAGAAAGCAGCUGAUGAGGCCAAGAAGGCAGCAGAUGACGCCUUCAAUAAUGUGAAGAACCAGAAACUCACAGACAGAGCACAACACCUCAGACAGACUGGUGAUGAACUCCUGGACAAUGCACAGAAGGCAAAGGAAAGACUCCAAGAUGCGACUGACGACCUUACGGACCAGAAGGUGCGCCUGAAGAACGCUGACAAGAAGAAGAAAACUCUUGAAAAAGACCUGCUCGAUGCACAGGACCAAUUAAAUAACAUCAAUAACGAUGACAUCAGGAAUAUGAUUGAUGAGGCCAAAAGGAAGGCAGCUGCGGCCAACGAUACAGCCAGCGACACUACGGACAAACUGAAUGCCAUCAAAAAGGAAAUUGACAAGAUUAGUGUCACCCCUGUGGACUCCAACCUGGGCAAUAUUUUGGACAAUGUGGACAAGAAAGUGAAGGACUUGCUGAAGGAAAUCCCAUCUCUGAAUGAUAAGAUCUCAGAGGUGGAGAACCUGACCUUAAACCCCUCGCACUUUAGCAACAUAUCUGAGAACAUCAAGAAGAUCAAAGACCUAAUUGAACAAGCCCGGGAUGCAGCUAACAGGAUUUCAGUCCCAAUGAUGUUCGACGGGAAAGGCUUCGUGGAACUGCGUGCACCGAAGAAUCUGGAGGAUUUAAAGGCCUACACAGCGCUGUCACUGUCAAUGCAGAGACCUGAAGGCAGAGGAGAUGGAAGUCGCAGGCGCAGGCAGUCCAGAGAGAAAGAAGACUUCUUUGUGUUGUACCUCGGCAACAGAGAUUCUUCAAAGAACUACAUGGGUUUGGCUCUGAGGGACAAUAUCCUGCACGGGAUGUACAAGCUCAAUGGAGUCGAGUACGACAUGAAAACGGGUUACAUCACCAAGUCUGCAUCUGAGCCGGCCAAGUUUGACAAAGUGGAUCUACACAGAAUUUACCAGGACGCAGAGAUGAUCCUCACCAAAGACAUCACCUCAACCACUGUCAGUGAGCCCAUUCGGAGCAACAACAGAGGAGUGGAGAGCAAGAACCUGUUUGACCCCAAUGAUAUGGUUUUCUACGUUGGAGGUUACCCAGGCAACUUCACUCCACCAGCUUCUCUGAACUACCCCAAGUACAAAGGCUGCAUUGAGUUCUUCUCGGUUAACGACAAGGUCGUCAGUCUCUACAAUUUCGUACAGAUAAAAGAUAUUGAUAAGACGGCUGCAUGUAAGAGGUAUGUGGCGCCAAGGGAUUCUUACUACUUUGAAGGCACUGGAUUUGGCAAAGUGGUCAUCGAUAAAGCAGCCAAUGUCCUCCUCAUAAGUAUGUCCGUCUACGCUCGUUCAGAAAAUGGUCUGCUCUUAUACAUAGGAAACGAGAACAAAUACUUCGUAGUUACAAUGGAGAAAGGCGUUAUUCAUAUAGAUAGUAAUUUGAUCGAAACACCAGUGAAGAGCAGCGAGAAAACAUUCCCGCACAACGACUGGGUCAACUUCCUCAUCAUUAUCACAAACAAGGGACAGUUUACAGUCCGCAUUGGCACCUUGCUAGCCAAAGCCGAGGCUCAGUUCAACAAUGAUGAAUUUAAAGAAUUUUACAUCGGUGGUGCCCCACAAGACAUGAGAGAAAUGCACAACAUCACCACACAACCAUUCAAAGGAUGUUUGAGGAACCUGCAGCUAAAUAAAGACUAUAAACAAAUUGACGAGCAAGUGGGUAUCAGCAAAGGCUGUCCCAAGGAUUCCCUGAUUUCCCGUAAAGCAGAGUUCAGCAUGGGCAGCGGCCUGUCAGCUGACCUCACCGGCUUUAGCCUGGCUAACGACGUGACUGUCUCCCUGGGAUUCAAGAGCACAGAGUAUCAGGGUCUCCUUUUACAGGACAAACAGCAGGCUAAUUUGAUUAACAUUGCACUGGAGAAUGGACAUGUGGUCCUCAAUUUGAACAACAAGAUAUGGAAAUCUAACAAACAAUACCACGAUGGCCAGUGGCAUUACUUAACUGCAACCAGAAGAGCAGGAAGGACUCAUUUGGUUAUUGAUGAUGAAGAUAAGGGCCAGGAGCAGAGUGGAGGUACAUCUGUACCAGACACGGCUGGCACCUUGUUCCUGGGGAGGAGUCAAUUGAAAGGCUGCAUUUCCAACCUCUACACAGGACGGAAGGAGAAUCUUUACAAGGCCGAGGAUUUAGGCUCUUUCCAGGCGACUGGAGACGUCCUGCUUGAUGUGUGUACUCCUGCGAGUCCCGCUCAACUGAUGAUCGACCGCUUUUCUAAGAAGGAUGGUGUGAUGCAGUCAACAAACGAAAGUGUAUCAGCGUGUGCUCUGCCAGCCUUGGUUCAGCAUGCUUAUCGCAUCGGAGGCUCUGUCAGCAGCCUGAGCUACAAUCUUCCACUGCAGAUUCUGCUGCCCAGACCUCACUUCUCCCUGGAUGUAAAGACACGAUCUCCUGAAGGUCUGCUGUUCUUUGCUGCUACCAAAGGAGGGCGCACUCACCUUGCUCUAUACAUGUCCAAGGGCAGGAUCAGACUGUCCACAGGCAAACAGAAGGAGAUCUUCAACCGGGAGAAGUACAAUGAUGGAAAGUGGCAUUCGGUCAUAUUCAGUUUGGAGAAGAAGAAAUUCCGAUUGGUCGUAGAUGGGAUCAGAGCUCAGGAUGGUCAGCUGACACAUAAUGAGUGGACAGCCAUGCAGCAGUUCAUGUCCCCGGUGUUUCUGGGCAGUGUCCCAGAAUCCCUUUAUAAGCAGUUAAAGUCAAAGGCCCUUCCAAAACAAAGUGUGUCUGGCUGCAUCCGCAACUUUAAAAUGAACGGAGCACUGAUGUCAAGUCCGGCCACAAACCUUGGUGCCGGCCCCUGCUUUGAUGGACAGACACAGAGAGGGGCUUAUUUCUCAGGGAAUGGAGCUCAUGUUAUUAUCAAUGACUCCUUUGUCAUGGGCUCCCCCUUUGAACUGCUGUUCAAUAUCCGCCCGAGGAGUCCAACUGGACUCUUGCUCCAUGUUGGUAACACCAGCGCGAUGCAAAAUGGGCCCACAGUGGGCCGCUACCUCAGCAUCUACAUGCUCAAUGGAGAGGUGGUGGCACAAGUGAACAACGGAAAUGGGAAUUUCAUGGUGUCUGUGAAGCCAAAAGCUUCUUUAUGUGAUGGCAUGUUUCAUAAAAUCUCAGUUAUCAAGAGGAAAAAUGUUGUGCAGCUAAACGUCGACACAGUAGACAAUUACAAGAUUGGGCCACCAUUCUCCUCUGUGCCUUCGACCAAAGACAUCCUGUAUGUGGGUGGCAUUCCUGAUAUGUCACUGCACCCGACACUGCCGGUCACAUCGUCCUACGUUGGAUGCAUCCAAGACAUGAGGAUCAAUGACGAAUUUGUGUCUUUCGAGAAGCUGUCGUCUGCUUUUGGUCCAGUGAACCUCAAAGAGUGUCCAGGUUGAAACACGAGCGCCUCGCUGCGUUAUCAUUCAAUGGACCUUGGGACCACAUCCACUACCAACCAUGUGCAAUCCUGUUAACAAGACAGAGAAUGUGUUUGUAUGUAAGACUGUAUAUAUUUUAUGACCAGUGUGUUUCAGUGUGAGGGUUUUGUCCAUGUGUGUGUCCGUCAGUGAAUGUGAGUGUGUGAGUGUGUGUGUACAAUACAGAGCUAUAUGAGCAGCAGAUUUCUAAUAACUACUGCUCUGUUAAACAUUUCUGUAUUUAUUUUUUGAUACAGUUGUCACGUGGAAACACAGCUACAAAGAUAGUGGAAAACAUGUUAAAGCAAGCAAGUAAUGUAAUGUAAAAUGACCUAUAUUUAACUUAAUUUUGAUUUUAUUUAACUAUCAACUGAAGUAAAAAUGUUUGUCAACCAUUUUAUUUUCCACUAUAUAAUCACUGAUGCAUACUCUCAUGUCACCAGUUUUACAGCCUGGUGUGUUGGUCCGUCAAUUCUCUGUUGACAAUCAAGUACUUCUCAAUAUGAUUAUUAUGGUUGGUUGGAACUGCAGUGUGAGCAACCCAGCACUUUAAAAAACAACAACAAAUGAUGCAUUGUGUGAUGGUGCUUUUUUAAGUUGAUAUGAUUUUGUGUUAUUCUCUCUUUUUUUUAUAUUACAUUUUCCCAGUAGAGUCCCACAUUUAAAUUGGUUUAAUAGAAAUGCUGUUUCUGCACAGUCUUUGACCUCACAUGUUUGUAUCAUAUUGUAUUACUGUUUUUCCAUUUUGCAUUCCUUUUGCAUGCAUGCGGAUGUUCUUUGUGGCUGUCUCACGCUAAGAAAAGAGCAAAAUGAUUUCGGAGAAUUGUCUUUUCUUUAAUUUACAAUUCAGUUAGACAAUUCACAAUUCGAAACAGUAAUGUUUGGGACCAUUUAUCCCAUAUUACUAUAAAGCAGACGUGUUUUAUGUAUGUAAAUUCUCCAGUGCAAGUGUUUACCUACCUGCUUUGUACAUUUGCACCAAAAUGUGGAAUAUGAGAAAAACAUAUGCCUGAAGUUUGGACAUAGUGUACAUGCAUUCCUGUGAUUUGACCACUGAUUUUGUAAUCUCUCCGAUUAUGCUAUAGUCUUUUGUGCCAUAAGUACCUUUGGUGACAGAAACACAACUUGAUUUUUUGAUAAAACGGGGAUUAAUUGUUGAAUUGUACUCAGCAACAUGUGUAUACUUUGGUUGUAAAUUGUCAGAUUAUAUAAAUAUAAAUUACAAUUUUAAAGUGGA